GCCCGCAGCGGGUCGCGCUGCUGUGACUGCCCCCCGGCUUCUCCUUACGGAGUAACUUUUGCCUUUAGCUCGUUUUGCGCGCCUAAGCGGCUCCUCUCGGUGGGUACCGGGACACCGGCAGGAUCGGGCCCCUGAGGCAGCUUGCUGCGCCCACCAAAGUUUCUGCAGAGCUUUCGGCAUCUCUGUCCCUGCAGCCCAGGCGAGAGCCGAGCGCAGGGGGCAGGAGGUGCCCGCUCCCAGGGCCCCGGGAGCGGCGGGAGAGCGGCCAAAGCCCCUUGGGAGGAGCGCGGGGGGACCCUCUGCGGGACCGAGCCCGAGGGACCCCUCGGCCACCUCUCUUCGCUGGGGACACAGCCCGUGGGGUCCUCGGGCCAGCGCUGACCUCGGGCAUGUGCAGUCCGUGCAGAACGCAUCGCUGAGCUUUGCUGCGUGUUCAGUGUUACGCGGCGUGGGCUUAAAACUUCGUUGUCGUUCUUCUGAGUUACACUACGUCUCACUAACGAGCACAGAGAGAAGGACUGAUGUUUUCAGUAAGCCGAAGGAGGGAUAUUUUCAGUAGAACUGCUCUUCUUUUUUGUGGGCAUGUUUUUGAAAGUGACCAGCAUGUGUUUGUAGCUCAAACCAGAGUGAGCCAGGACUGGGAUACUAGAAGUCAUGGGCUGUAAAACUGACAUGCAGAAACAGAGCCUUAAUGGCCCUUGCGUCUCCAACUUGGCAGUCUGCCACCGAAGCAGUUCUCUUGGGAAAUGCCAUACUGAAAUCCUUCAGGAAAACAGGACACGUUGCUAUUGGUAUCUGCUGUGUGGUCGGGCAAGAUGAGCAGCAGCAGUCUCUCUAGGCGAACAUUACUAUUAACAUGUUUUUAAUAAGUACUGUAAGCCUAACCCAUACUCAGCACAUCUCCUUCAGGCACCAGUGUUUGCCAUGAGCUGCCAGGCAAGGACAUGAGCUGCCAUGAAAGCAGCACUUGGACAGGAGAGCCACUGUAGUGUAGGAUGCCUUGGUUUGCAAGGUUUUUUAGUUUGGUUUGGUGAUGAUGAUAAUUCUCCUCUGCAGCUCUGACUAAAGUGAUUCUAUCUACCUUCAUAGGUAUCUACUUUUAAGAACCGUUUCUUCUUAAUAUAUGUGAAAGGUGCUCUCUCAGUCCUUAAGGAAAAGCAGAGCAUAGAAAUUAGGAAUGGAAACUUCAAGCCUUCUCUUCCACAAUAGACGCUUCGUGCUGCUCCCAGGUAGGAAAUGCACACACGUGCGUUAAGUGUGAUUGCCACAGAUGUGGAAAGAGGUGAAUUGAUGUGCCAAAGGUCAGAGAGCCAGUGUUAGUACUGGAUCAGCCCGAGGAUUUCUUGGCUCUCAGCUGGUAGAUGACAUUCUUUGUUUGCAUGACUUGGGUGUACAGGACUCAGUGGUCUGUGUUUACACCAGUGGCAUCUGCAAGGAAGAAGAGACCUGUGCACACCAAAGGCGUUGUACCUGUUUAUCAAGAGCUCGGGCGGUGGCCCCUCCCCACCUAACUGUCUUCCUCUUUCUGUUGCUUGAAGCAUUACAAUCUACUAAGAACAACCUUUCUUUUUUUUUUAACACUACCCUCUCUGUCUCAAGUCAGACUAAAUAGCCCUGGUCAGGGGUUGGGGAACUUUGUUGUUCUGAGUAAUUGUUUCAGGCCAUCUGAUGACUAGGGCCACCAAAAGCUGCAUGUCUGCUCCCCUUUUGGUUUUUUAUUGGUUCUAUGCAUGGCAUUAAGGGCUUUUGUGUGUUUCUGCAUGGUGUCUCAGAAGGAUGCCAGUGUUUGUGAUUCUUUUUACAUGGCAAUGAGUAACAGGAGAAGGGAAUCUGAUGUGCAGAAACCUAACGCUGGUGUUCCACAAGCUGAUCUAACUGAUUUCUGCUUUUUUGUUUAAGAAAAGCUGUAUGUUUUUCAAAGGGACGAUUUUAGGCUGCCAUUUGCAACUAUCUACCUGCUGACUGUUGUUCUCUUGUUUCAGUAUCUUGGAACUUGCUUGCAAAGUAAUUAACACACCAUGAUAUCAGGAAACACACUUAAUGGGUUGUAUUGUGGUGUACUUUCUUUUUUUUUUUUUUUUUGGCUCAUAGCUUAAAUUAGUUCCCUGAGUGCAAUAGGUACACAGCAAACGGGGUGGUUUAUUUUUCUCAGUUGCAUUGUUUUCUUCUGACACAUCUGCAUCCCCUCUAAAACAAAUAUCCUGGCAAAAUUUAAGCUAAAUUUAGCCUCUGUUGACAAGAUGAACAUUAAGAAGCAGUAUAUGAACCCCAUGAAGAGUCUGCGUGAGUCUCCCAGCUGUCCUGUCCAGCACACUCUGCUCUGCAGAAUUGCGAUUGCAAUCCAUAGCAAUGGUGUGAUGGAAAAGGAAGCUGAAAAAAGCUUCUGGCUUGUCCAUUUAGGUCCCCUUUAAAAUGGACUGUUGGGUGGGCCAGCUCUUUCUCUCCCAAGUGUUAUUACAAUCCAUUUAGACUGGGGAAAAGCAGGUUUGCUGCCAGGCGGCAUACUUUCCAUCAGCACAUGUAAUUGCUGGGUGGUGGAGAGAGGUAGAGACUCUGGUUUUCAGGCUGGAGGGAGCGUGACCAGGGUGUGCAGUAGGCAGCAUUGUCGUGUGCCCAGCCAUGAAUUCCAGGUUUUGCAGGGAUGUGAGCUCAGCUGUGUAAGCAAAACCUCCUGCCUGUUCAUUCCUCAGCGUGGGCAAUAGGCAGGGAGGCAGGUAGCCAAGCUUUAAGCAGCCUCAGGAACGGAGAGCUGGCCUGGGGUGCAGCUGCAGCAGGACUCUUUUUUUAGCUUGUUUGUACUUACACACACGUGUGGGCCAUAAGAAGUUGGCUGAGCCAACCUUGACCAGCAGUUCAGCAAAACAAACAGGUUUUACUGCCAUGACCUGAAGGCCAGAGUAGCUGCUGAGCUUCACUGGAGCAGGGGCAGCUUUGAUUUCUGUCAUGGAGAGGAGGCUCUCAUAUAGGGCUGACUCAAAACAAACACUGUGCUGUGUUGCUCCGGCUUCCUCAUGGAAGCACUGUUAAGGCACAUGCAAAACAAGGAGGUGAUCCAAGACGACAUGGCUUCACUAGGGGCAAAUCAUACCUGACAAGUCUGGUGGCCUUCUGUGAUGGAGUGGCUGCAACAUUUGGCAAGGGAAGACUGACCAGUCAUCUACCUAAAAUUGUGUAAGACCUUUGGCAUGGUUCCACAUGAUAUCCUGAUCUCCAGAGUGGAGAGAUGUGGAUUGGAAAGGUUGACUGUUUGGUGGAUAAGGAUUUAGCUGGAUAGAUGCAACCAGAGAGUUGUUGUCAAUGGCUCUCUGUCCAGGUGGAGGCUGGUGAUGUCCUUCAGGGCUCUGUCUUGGGACUGGUGCUCUUUUAUGUCUUUAUCAGUGACAUAGUGAGAUCAAAUGCACCCUCAGCAAGUUUGCAGAUGACACAAAGCUGAGCAGUGCAGUUGACACAACAGAGAGAAGGGAUGUCAUCCAGAGGGACCUGGACAAGUCUGGGAGGUGGGCCCACAAUAAUUUCAUGCAACUGCACUUCUGCCAAGUGCAAGGUGCUGUGCCUAGGUCAGGGCAAUCCCAGAUAUGAGGACAGACUGGGAGAAGAACUCAUUGAGAGCAACCCUGCAGAGAGGGACUUGGGGAUUCUCGUGAAUGAAAGGCUGUACAUGACUCAGCAAUGCGCACUUGAAGCCCAGAAAGCCAAAUGUGUCCUGAUCUGCAUCCAGAGCAGCGUGGCCAGCAGGUUGUUCCCCUCUACUCUGCUCUCAUGAGACUCCACCUACCACAUCCAGUUCUGGGGUCCUCAGUACAGGAAGGUACAUCAAACUGUUGGAACAGGUCCAAAGGAGGUCACAAAGAUGAUCACGGGGCUGGAGCACCUCUCCAAUGAAGUCAGACUGAGAGAGUUGAGGCUGUUCAGCCUGGAGGUUCCGGAGAGACUUCAUUGCAGUGUUCUAGUACUUAAAAGGGGCUUACAAAAAGGUAGAGCAACUUUUCACAUGGACAAAAAGUCAUAGGACAAGGGGGAACAGUUUUAAACUAAAAGAGGAGAGAUUUACAUUAGAUGUUAGGAAAUUUUUUGCUUGGAAGAUGGUGAGGCACUGGAACAGGUUGUCCAACAAAACUGUGAUUGCCUCACCCCUGAAAGUGUUCAAGGCCAGGCUGGAUGGGACUUUGAGCUACAUGGUCCAGUGGGUGGCAUCCCUGCUUAUGGCAGGGGAGUUGGAACUUGGCACUCUCUAAGGUCCCUUCCAGCUGAAACCAUUCUGUGACUCUGUGACUGCCUCAAAGAGAGUGAGAGAAGGUUUGUGCUGGUAUGUGAGGGUGCACAACAGGCACACCCACUGCUGAGAAGGACCUAAGUGGCCUUAGACCACCCCCUAAGGUUCAGUCAAGGUCUCUCCAACAUCUAUACACGUAUAGUUGAGGGAGACCCUGACUUAAACUCUCUAUUUUGAGAUUUAAAAAUUAUUUUAACAAGUGAGGUUGUGCAAUUCCCAUAGCAGCAGUACCCACACAGCACUUCAUAGUUUCUUUCCUCCAAGCAGAAGCACCUGCUGCACCUUACUGACCCUGAGCCACCAUGAGACCAGGCAUUGCUGGCCCUGAGGGCUUACAAACAUCCACUAGGAUAUUGUGAAGACUUCCUGGCUGUGCUUCAGCAGUGGGUGACUGAAUAUAGUCUUCUCCGCAUCACGGCAGUAGUAGUAAUGUGAAGCCUAAUGAGCACCUGCAAAGCUGUGUAGCAGGGAAGGAACUGCCAUGCCUGUGGGAAUCUUCCGGGUGUGCCUACUGGUGAUUACAGCUAUCGUCAACCACCCGCUCUUCUUCCCUAAGGAGAAUGGCACUGUCCCCGAGAACACGGAAGAAAUCAUCCAGAAGAUGAAGGAGCGGGAGGAGAGCCUUCGGCUGGAACAGUUGCGCUUGGAGCAGGAGAUUGCAGACCAGGAAGCCACACAGAAGGCUCUGGAAAAGGUUCCAUUGGUAGUGGAGGAAACUAAAGAGGAAAAGGUCCGAUGGGAUAUGUGGACUGCCCUUUCCAUGAUCAUCUUCCUGCUGAUCGAGCUCUGGAGGCAGGAUUUCCAGGAAGGGAAUUGGCAGGACAUAGGAGGAGAAGAGGAUGACAUGGCUGUCCUGGGGAAAGCAUUUAAAGGAGUAGCCUUCCCUAACAAGGCCGUCUUGGCCAGCUUUUAUGAGAGGCGCAUCCUGGGCACCACCGGAGACAUGGCCAGGAUGCGGGAGAUGGUGGAAGGCUUUGCAGAUGACCUGCUGGAGGCCUUGAGGAGUGUUUGUAACCGGGAUGCUGACAUGGAAGUGGAGGAUUGCAUGGGUGUGGGGAGCAUGUAUGAGAACUGGAGAGUGCGUAAACCUUUCGUCUGUGAUCUGAUAGUGCCUUUUGCCCCUCCGGAGCCAUACUGCUUCCGCUGCCAGACCUGGUGCUCUGGGGACUCUUUUCCCCCAGAUGAACAAGGUUAUGGCACUAUCAAGGUGUGCAGGGCAGAUGAGGAUGUGACAGGUUGCAUCUGUGACAAGACUAAACUAGGGGAAGAUAUGCUGUGCCUCCUCCAUAGCCAAGUCAAUACUACCAGGCCCAGUAGUGAGAUGGAAGACCUCCUGUGCUUCAAAAAUACUCAAUAUCUGGAUGCCGAUCAAGUCAUGAAGUGGUUCCAGAUUGCUGUCACCAAGGCCUGGAACAGAAUCUCUCACAAGUAUGAAUUUGACCUUUCCUUCAGCCUCCUGGACUCACCAGGAGCCCUGAAGAUAAAAUUUAGAUCAGGGAAAUCAAUUGCCUUCAACCUCACCCCUGUGGUGCAGUAUGAAAACUCCGAUGUUUACUUCAUCUCCCAUUUCCCUCGGAGCAGCCUGGCAGGAGAUGUCCCCUCCAGCACUCACUGGUUUCUCACCUUCGCAGUCUAUGAGAGGAGGUUCAUCCAUCUGGUCUCCAAAACACUGCCUGCCAAUGCCUGCCAUGUCAGCUGCCUGCAGAUCCUCUCCUUCCUCCAUGGGAAGCAAUGCAGCCUCACAGGUCCAAGCGGGCUCACCAACUACCACCUGAAGACAGUGAUGCUGCAUCUCCUGCAGGCACGUCCCAGUCAGGACUGGGCCCCAGAGAAGUUGGAGGCUCGUCUACAGGACAUGCUGAAAUUCCUGGAGAAAUGUUUGCAUGAAAAGAAGCUCUACCACUUCUUCAUUGGCAAUGGGAAGGUACCAGCAGAGCUGGGUUUCCCCAUCAUAUUUCAGAGGGCUGAGCCUCUCAACCUUUUCCGUCCCUUUGUGCUACGCAGGGACGUUUACAGGAAGACAGUGGACACAUUCCACGAGAUGCUCAGGAACAUGUCUGCACUAAUAAAUGAGUACACAGUGCACAUUCCCCUUGCACACACCAAUGGGAUCCGUAAGGAAUCCCUUUAACCAAAGCCAAACUCUAAGCACAAAUCCAGAGGGCAACUUUCUGAAGCCUCCUGGAGAGAACUGACUUUGCCAGUACAGCUUCUUGUCUGCAGCUGAACCAGUCCUGGGCCAUGGUUCCUGCAGGGAGGGAGAGGCAAGGCGAGGAGAAUAGGUAGAAACUGGAAGAUGUGGUAUUGAAGUAGGUUUCUGCUCCACUGCUGUGCUGGCUCAGUUUUACGCAGCUAGGAAUAUAUUUUUCUAUUGUGCCUCAGUCAUGCUGCAGUGGUGGUUGAGGAACAAAUACAACUAAUUUAUUCAGAUACCUGCAAUGCAAACAGUGGUGGUGGGUGACGGUGGCCAAAUACUUCAUUUCCUUUGGAAGGAGGAGAUAAGAAAAGGGUGGAGGAAUCAGAGACAGGAUCUCGGGAUCAAAGGAGCCUGUCUGCUCACAGACAAGAGGAGCUCUGCGACCGAACAGGGGAAGCGCAACAUAAGACUCCAUGCUUGUGUGGAGAGGAGGAGGGUCAUGCACAAGAUCUGGACUGGAUGGAGAUCCCUAAACCAACCACAGCUUCAAAGGGACUUGCAGCGGUAGUUUAAAUGGCUUGUCCUGUCCUUCAAAAACACCCUGCACCCUGCACGUUUCAUCUCCAGUGGAAGGAUGUAGCAGGGUGCAGGGUCUGUGUCUUCAGACCAUUUCAUUCGAGUCUUCCAUGGUAACAUAGCUAGUGGUUUAUAUUCCUGGCCAUUUUCUAUGAAUAAAUGGACAGGAAUCUUUUUUACCUUAGAUAAAAGAAACAUCACUAUUGAUGUUUAUUUUGGUUUAUUGGUUUGUUUUCCUUACCUUGGUAAGGAAAGCCAAGAAAGGAAAAUGGGGGUUGAACUACAUGAUCUUUUGAGGUCCCUUCCUACCCAAACUAUUCUAAUUCUAUGACUGCUGUAGGUUUUGCUUUCAUAAAAGAAGCAGUUCUCCAAAAUUAUCCUGUAAUGAAGCCAAUCUCAGCAGUCUGGUAGCAGGAGUGAACAACCACCCUCCAAAUGAGAGGGCAUCUCCCCGCAUGGUUUUAAUGAGGCCAAGGCCAGCAGGAUCACUCUGAGUCAGGAGGAGGAGAAGGAAGGGAUGAAGAAGGUGCACAUGUAGUAGAGCUUGGCAGUGCUGUCUCUGCAACUCCCUUGUGAUCAGUGUUGUAUGCCUUCUGCUCCACAUACACAGGCAAAAGCUCCCUUAUAGGGUCUCCUCAAUCUUUUUAAAGACUGCUGCUCUGAUGAGGCUCUGAGGAGCUGCUGCUUGCAGACUGUAAUUUGCUGAGCUGGGAGUGUGAAGGAUUAGUGAGCUGCUGCAGGCUUUCAAGCCAGGGGAGAGUCUUGUGGCAUAUGCUAAAAAAAACCCCAAACAACAUAGAAAUGGAGAUGACUGAAAUCCCUCAGGAAUCAGCAUGUUUGCUGUGCCAGUGGGCUGCCCAGCAAGGUGGCUUUGCUAGAGGAGAGGGCUCAGGAGACCCUCACCCUCUUCAGUGUGCUUUGUGCAGGGUCCAAGCCAGGGCCUCAGUGCAGAUUUGCUUUGUGCUGGUCACAGAAGCCUGGGUUCCAGUGCUAAGGGGCCUUUGCUGUCAUUUUCUUACACUAGAAUUUCCUGCAAAGUUUUACACUAGGGCUUCUCCGAAUCCUGUCGUACAAGAGGGUAGUUUUUCUGUGAGGUGAGACCCAUCAGGGAUGAUCUUACCACAUUCCACAGGUCCCUUUUUAUCAAUCCUCUCUUAUCAUAUCAGAUAUAAGAUUUAAUCCUGUAUCACUACUGGAGACAGCAUACAGCAUGAAGCUUAUUAUCCAGCCUGUUGAUAAGCAAACUCUCCAUAGUCGUGUCUUCUCCCCGUUUUCCUGCUAAAAACCAUUUCACCACUUCAUUGAUGUCUGCUCUUCUCUGUCCCACCACCAGUGAUGGACACUUUAUCACAAAGGCAGAGAAAGCUUUUCCUGUCUCCACACCUGGUUUGUAAGAAAGCACAGGUGGGGACAGGAAACUCUUUGCUCAAAUCGCUGCCUCUCUUGGCUUUUAUUAUCAUGGCUACUGGGUAGUUAAGUGAUACCUCUGAGCAGAAAGUAAGGGGUAGGUAGGAAGUAAAAUGAGAGAGGAGAGUCUGGUGAGUAGUGCCAAUAGGAAAGAGUCUUGGAUCAUCAGUGCUUGCUUCAGAACCUUGGAGAUGAGUGCCUGGGAUGGGAGACUGCCAGGGCUGGCAGAGAGGGCUGGACUAAUUGCUAACGCUAACGAGUGCUGUAAGCCCCUGGCUUUCACUAGUAGAGCCAAGCAAGCCUUCCCCAGUUGGAAAGAGAGCAGGAGCAGUCUCAGGGGACUCGACAAGCAGGUAGUGACAAGCAGAGGUACAGGGAGGGUAGGUCCUAAUACUGGAGGCUGGAGGCUGCAUUGGAAGCUGUGUAAGUUGUUUGCAAACCCAAGCAAUUUGCCAUUUUUACCUGCCCUGGUUUACUGCACAGUGCCUGUAGCAGAUCCAGCUUUGCAUGGGCUGGUGGCAGGCAGGUCAUGCUGAAGAAGUUGUGGUUGGAGUUGCUUCUAAAUGUGUUCCUAGCCCAGCCAGAGAGAAAUAAAAAUUUCUCUGCUGUUUCCUGUCAGGAGUCUAAAUUUAGACUGUCCAAAGAACAGAAACAAAUUUGUGACCCAGGUCUCUCAGGAAAUGACAUUCAGGGUUGAAAAAUAACUUUUAUAUAAGGUUGAGCAGGGGGAGCAUGAGAAGAAAAGGCUGUUGAACAGAAUAAGGUAACUCCCCUUUUAAAAUGUCAGAACAAAGCUUUGCAAUGCCAGUCCUACGGGCCUGUAAACGAGCCCAAACUUGUCUUUACACAGCUCCAAGCACUGCUGCUCAGACUCAAAGGGAACCUAAACUGAUAAGUGGAUUAAGUCUUUUGUUCUUUGUUUUCUGUACUUGGGUGCCUGUUCUCUCUUACGCCCAAACUGGCCCUGAACCCAAACUGAAGUGUUCUCAUGGGGUUUAGUUGAACCCAAGCUGGAGCUGAACCAAUGAAUUUGUGGAUUUGUUUCCACUGAAAGAAAUUGCUUGGCUUAAUUUUCCUACAUAAAUAUACUCAUUUUGCCCUGAGCACCUUUUAAGAGGUCUGUUCUGUGCAUUUAGGCUGUGAGGAAACCCACACAUACCUGUCUGGGGGGAAAAAGUGGUUUGUGAUUAUAAGCUGUGCUCCAAGGAGCCUCAGGGCAGAGAUCUUCCUUGUCAGCCAUAUACCACAGGUAUAGAAGUGUCCCAUCAGAGGAGAUGUGGGUACACAGUGUUUCUUUGGAUCAGACCUCUGCAGUGGUACAAGGAGGCCGUGAUGUGAAGCACAUCAUUCCUUGGACUUCCUUGUCUGUCCUGAAUUAAAUCUUUGCCCAUCAAGUACUGGCCCUAUCAGUAAAAGCCCACAUUUCACAGAAAAGGUUUAUAAAACAGUUCGGCUCCAUCAGCUGUCAGGCAGUAAAAAUGCCCUAAAACAUUUUAGUGUUGCCCAUGUGUAGUUCUGCCUUGACUGAAAUCUGGAUGGGCAUUCAUAGGGAGCAGCUUUAAAGGAUGGAGGUAGAAAUGAGAGUUUGUGGUUUAAAGUGGAAAAUGUUCUUUUAAAACCAAACUGCAUAUGACAUAAACACACAACGUGUCUUUGGCAAUGCCUGCGUCUCUGUAAGACAUUCUAGGGAAGGGUAAAUGGCCUGUCCUGCACCCCUUCCUCGUGUCUCAGUACUGUUCUUGCUAUUUGCUAACUGGGUGAAUUCAACAGAUGAACUCCUAGUGCCUUCUGCUGCUUUCCAACCACUCCCUCCACCCUCAACUUGUGGUUUUAAUAUUUUAUUAUAGGCUCUGUCAAGGCAAUGGAAUUAGUGUUGGCUUGAUAGCAGCCACUGAUCUACAACAUAGCCUCAGGAGCCAUUUGCCUUUAGGAAAUGGGCUAAGGUUAUUGCUGUUCAGGAGCUGAAUGUCUUCUAAGGGGAGCUGUUGUGUGUUCACUCUUUGCUAUGUGGCAGCCACAGAAUACGGCUUUUCUCUCUCCAAGUUGCUCUAUAUACAGGUCUUAGAGGGGUAUAAAGAUGUAUUUUAGCAGAAGGAUCCAAAAGUUUAUCCAGUAUUCAAGCAGCAGGAUUUGGUGCUUGUUCACCAGACAUUUUUAAUGCAAAGCCUUUGCAGUGUUUUCUCUGUGGUGAAGAAAUAAGACUUUAUGCACCUGUAGCAACUUUGCUGCUGACCAUUGAGGGGUUGGCUCUCAUAGGAGCCUACUGAGUAAACAGCUUUAUUUAUUACUUGUCUUUUUUUAGGAUGGGGGGUCUGUGUGUAAUACGUUAGCUCAGAAGCAAAACUGUAGUAUGGCAAUGCAGCUGAGAUGGGCAAUAACACCAGAACUCUCCAAAUUAAGGUCUUCCUUGAUUGACAAUGCUGUACUUAAACUGCUGCUUUUAUAGCAGGACACUGUUGAAUUUGUAUAGAUCUUCUCAUGCAGCUUUAUUUAUAAUAAAGUCUUGUACAAAAUCUAAA